AUGGCGCAAGAUUCCGCCGUUCGUCCUCGUGCCCUCCCCCGCGUUCUCUUCGUCGCCCUUGCCCCAAUAGCGGCAUGGUUCCUCCUCCGCCCACUCCUGGAACCCGCGCCCUCUGUACCUGCCCUGUAUGCCGCCGUCGGAUUCUCAAUAUUUGCCUUUCUGGGCUCGCUUUACCUCGUUCCCGCCCUCGGACCGACUUUCAUUCGCGCAAAUCUCAGGGGAAGAGAUCUCUUGAAGACAUACGAUGACCCUAUCCCGGAGAGCUUGGGUCUCGUUUGCGCCUCGAUCUAUAUCGUCUGUCUUAUCCUCUUCACCCCGUACGCGUUCUCGGAGUCCAUCAAGACGUAUGACGAGUCUUCAAUGCGCGGACGAGAAGGGCUUGUGGUCGAUGAGUUUCCCCACCACCAGCUAGCAAUCUAUCUCUCGUCCAUCCUCUCCCUCCUCAUGGCGACGAUGCUUGGGUUCCUCGAUGAUGUCUUUGACAUCCGGUGGCGGCACAAACUACCGAUACCCAUCAUUGCAUCCAUCCCUCUUCUCAUCGUUUACUACUCGGAGCGGGGGUCCACCGAUAUCGUUGUUCCGAUACCACUUCGAUGGAUCUUUGGCACUCUCCUCCACCUAGGACCAUUGUACUACCUGUAUAUGUCGCUCCUCAGCACAUUCUGUACGAACAGCAUCAACAUCCUCGCAGGAAUCAACGGUUCAGAAGUCUCACAAGCCAUCGUGAUUGCGGUGUCGGUAAUCCUCAACGACCUCCUCUUCCUCCCCUGGCCCGUCGGUUUCCGCAUACCUCUGCCUCUGCACGUCACAGAUGGUCUCAAGGUUGGCGGAGCAUGGAGUGCCGGGAUGGCCUAUGGAAGUCGGGUUUUGGUUGAGCGGCACUUGCUGAGUCUGUACUUCAUGCUUCCAUUGCUCGGCGUGUGCCUAGGCUUCCUAUACCACAAUUGGUACCCGGCGCGGGCGUUUCCAGGCGACACGCUCUGCUAUGUGACAGGAAUGGCAUUUGCAGUCGUCGGAAUUCAAGCGCAUUACUCCAAGACGCUCCUGCUGUUCUUUCUCCCCCAGAUCUUCAACUUUGUGCUCUCCUGUCCCCAGCUGUUUGGGCUCGUACCGUGUCCCCGACACCGCGUUCCGAGGUUCGACUCGGAAAUACACCUCCUCCACCCAUCACGCGCGGAGUUCAAAGAGAAGCGCCCUUCCGCACUCUCCUCCGCGAUUCUCCGCGUGCUCGCUGCGCUCGGGCUGGUCGAGCUCGCGUUCGACGAGCAAACGGGCGCGAUCGCAAGCACGACGAACCUGACGAUCCUCAACGUCUUCCUGCUCCGACUGGGGCCGAUGCGCGAGGACAGCCUCACACGGGUGCUAAUUUCGACGCAGGUGUGCGGGAGCCUGGUGGCGUUCUUCGUUAGGUAUGGCCUCGCGGGGCUGGUGUAUGACGGGAACAGACGGUAG